UUUGGAAUGGCCCAACAAACAUAUUAUAACAAUAAUAGUUGGCAAUUGAUGCAUCCUGGAGGCACGUAUCCACAUGCAAGUUUACAACCUCAAUGCAUGUUUCAACCAUGGAAUAUCGCAUCUCAACAAAGGGCACUCCCCUCAAAUGAUUUCUCAAUGUCACAGGAGGCUUCUUCAUCCCAAAUGUAUGCAUUUCCAAAAAUACCUAGAAGUCAACAAUUUCAAAGUUCGUCAACAUCAAACUUCACGAAUUAACCGACAUUGUAGAAAGCAGUGGUUCACUAAGUGUUUUGAUGGAGUUGAGAUCCAUGGAGCUCAUGGUUUUCUAUUACUGCAAUUUCUAAAAGACCAAGUCAAUGAUGUAAAUUGUCAUUAUGGAGGAUCUUUGGAGGGCAAAUAUUGAUUUGCACUUGAAAUUGUUGAAGUUGUUGCUAAUGAGAUAGGAGCAGAUAAAUUGUUGAAGCUAUUGUUAUUAGUGAAAUUGUUGAACUUGUUUCUUAUAAUUAUGUUUAUGAACUUAUAGCUAAGAACCAUACAAAUCUAAUUGUUCAU